CUUAGAGGAACUCGACCAUCGCAAAUUCAGUUCUGGUCUCCAACGACGUCGACUGGUAUUGUCUGUUUCUAGCGCGUACCAGAAAAGGUAAGCAGCUGGUCAGACAGCCUGUUCCAAAGGUCCUUCCCGGUACACUAAGGAGCACAAACUUGAUUUUGAUUUGGCAGUAUUUGCUUUGCAAGUAAAACCUAAAUCUCCAUCUAAUUUAACAAAACAUAGCUUUGACGAUCAGUGGCCAGAUUUCUGUGCGUAAAAGUAAUGUGUGGUUAAUUUCUUUGCAAACACCAACAAGGGCGGUUAACAAAAUAGUAUAACAUCCUGGAAUUACAAAUAAAAAAAGGUCGACCUAUAGUUAAUACUAUAAGAAUUACACUAAUUUACAGAUACCUGAAAAGGUUGAAAUAUAAAGGUGUUUUCUUUUUGUGAAAUGCACAGUGUCGCUGCUCACCAAUAAAACGCACGGUUCUGUGACGUAAUAAUCGCCAUCACAGUUUGUCACAGUAAAGAAAGCAAAUCAAUUCAUACGGAAAGCUCUCUGGUUCUGAAACCAUCACUGUAAAAUGAAGACCUAAAAUACGUAUUGUUACAACGGGCGUGUGGUUUGGCUUCUAAUAUCACCAUCCAAACAUGUUGUUUUCAGCAUUGCACUGCGCUAUAGGAUCAAAACAAACAAUGGAUGCUCAAUGUCUCCUUCAAUCCUGGAAAAGGUACGUGUUGGUCUCGCUUCUUCUCUCUGCCACCCUUAACACGGUGUCUCCGGUUACCCACUAUUCUAUUCCGGAGGAAAUGGAAGAAGGAUCAGUAGUCGCCAAUUUAGCAACGGAUUUAGGGCUUGAUGUCAAAUCAUUAAGUAGACGGAAAAUAAGAGUAGACGUUGUUGGAAAUAAGAAGUAUUUGCAGAUUAACAAGGAAACUGGGGAACUCUACAUUUUAGAGAAGAUAGACAGAGAAUUUCUUUGUCCCAGUAAAACGACGACAUGCUUUCUUAAAUUAGAUGCGUCCAUUGAAAAUCCAAUAAGAAUGUUUAACAUCGAACUGGAAAUUAUGGACAUCAAUGACAAUACGCCAAAUUUCCGAAGGGACACAAUGCACCUGGAUGUAUCCGAAUCUUCUCCAGUUGGAGAAAGAUUUUCUUUGAACAAUGCGGUUGACCCCGAUGUAGGUAUGAAUUCAGUUAAAACAUAUCAUCUAAGCUCAAGUGAUCAUUUUGAUAUAGAAAUUCAGGCUGGACGAGACGGGUCAAAGUUUGCUGACUUGAUCCUGAAAAAGGCUUUAGACCGAGAGGAGCAAGCCGUCCAUAAUCUAAUACUCACUGCUGUAGAUGGUGGAGUCCCAUCACGCACAGGCACUGUAAAUAUCAUUGUUCGUGUGUUGGACACAAAUGACAACGCCCCUAAAUUUGACAAAGAAAGCUACAAUAUUAACAUAAUGGAAAACUCUCCAAUUGGAAGUCUUGUAGUUAAACUGAAUGCAACUGACUCAGACGAAGGAACCAAUUCAGAAAUAAUAUAUUCAUAUAGUUUAUAUACAGCAGAGAAAACGCAAGAAAUGUUCAGUUUAAACCCAACUAGCGGUGAAAUCAGAGUUAAAGAAAUGAUUAAUUAUGAAGAUUUUAGAAUAUAUGAUAUGGAAGUCAUUGCAACAGACAACGGAGUCAAUUCAUUGUCAGGUCAAUGUAAAUUAACUAUUUUAGUGACAGAUAUGAAUGAUAAUCAUCCAGAAAUAUCUAUUAAAUCAUUUCAAAGUCCUAUAAAGGAGGAUAUAGCAGUAGACACGGUAAUAGCAGUGGUUAGUGUAAGUGAUAAAGAUUCAGGUGAUAAUGGAAAAGUUGAUAUUUACAUUCAAUAUAAUUUACCCUUUGCGUUAAGAGAAUCUUCUCUAGAUAAUUAUUAUGAGUUAAUAGUUUCAAAACAUUUAGACCGCGAGAUGGUCCCGGAAUAUGACAUCACUUUUACCGUGACAGACAGAGGUUCACCUCCGCUAUCUGACAAUGAAACUGUGACUUUGGAACUUCUUGAUGUUAACGACAACGUUCCACAGUUCCCUCAGUCGUUCUACAAUAUACCCGUAAUGGAGAAUAACGCACCUGGAGCCUUGCUAAGUUCACUCACUGCGUUUGAUCCAGACCUCCAUGAAAACCAGUAUUUGGUUUAUUUCAUCAUAGAAAAGGAGAUCGUGAACACCUCCAUGUCCAUGCUGUUCUCCAUCAAUCCGGAAAACGGUAAUCUUUAUGCACUGAAGACGUUUGAUUAUGAGAUAGAGAAGGAGUUCCUUUUCCACAUUGAAGCCAGAGACUCUGGUAUUCCUCCACUCAGUAGUAACGUGACAGUCCACAUCAUUAUUAUGGACCAGAAUGACAACGCACCGGUCAUUGUCUCUCCGUGGCGCGCGCAUGGCUCUGUGGUGGAGGAAAAGAUCCCCAGAUCCACUGAAAAGGGAUCCGUGGUCUCCAAGGUGAUAGCCUUAGACACGGACUCAGUCCAGAACUCUCGUAUUACAUACCAGUUUCUACAGGUAACUGACGCAACUUUAUUCAGUCUGGACCAAUACAAUGGAGAGAUCCGGACUAUGAGAAUGUUCAGUUACAGAGACCAGCGUUAUCAACGAAUGGUUGUCAUCGCCAAGGACAACGGAGACCCUGCUCUCUCUGCUACAGUUACUAUCAAGCUGUCAACAGUGGAGACUGACGUUAAAGCCUUCUCUGACCUGACUGAGGUCCCACUAGAAUAUGAUAUAUUCUCAGACUUAAACCUGUAUUUGGUGAUCGGCCUGGGCUCUGUGUCCUUCCUGUUAUUGAUCACCAUACUGGUCACCUGUGUUCUGAAGUGUCAGACAACGAAACCAAGCAAAGCGGCUCCUCCCAGUAGGAACAGUGUGAUCAGUGAGAGGAACUCGACCAUAGCUGAUUCUACCCUGGUCUCCAACGAUGCCUACUGGUACAGUCUGUUUCUAGCAGAGACCAGGAAAGGAAAGCUGGUAGUCAGGCAGCCUGUGCCAAAGGCCGGUUCCAGAUACAUCGUCUCCAGUAUACCAAGGAGUACGGGACUAACAGAGACCAGUGACUCAGCAGCUUCUACGCUACAGAAGCUCUGGCUUUAGUGCUAAUCCAGAUUAAGGAAGGGGGUAGAUGAAGGGAUCUACCACCACCGGCAGCAGUUCCUCGUAAAGCCUCAUCCCCAUUGGUCCACCGAAGUCACAUCAGGAGGUACCCCCACUUCAACUGAAGAAAAUCAUUGUCCUUACUAUUCUCAGACCCCGCCCUUAAUCGCCCAGCCACAAGUGACAUUCAACCUGCACCCUCUUGGCCCCACAAGACCCCUUGCCACUCCAAAGACCUAAAGGACACUAUGGUGCAACCCCCUCCCCUGUAAAAAAAACCUAUUUCUCGCUAGCCCUAAUCAACUGUCGCCUUUCAACAUCCAUUCAACUCGCAUGUUUCUGCAUGGAUCACUGAAGCACUUCGUGUUUCCCUCAAAACACAGUGAAGAGAGGAGACACUGGAGCUCUUCAUGUUUCCCUCAAAACACAGUGAAGAGAGGAGACACUGGAGCUCUUCAUGUUUCCCCCAAAACACAGUGAAGAGAGGAGACACUGGAGCUAUUCAUGUUUCCCCCAAAACACAGUGAAGAGAGGAGACAUUGGAGUUCUUCAUGUUUCCCCCAAAACACAGUGAAGAGAGGAGACACUGGAGUCCCGGAAUGCACAAGGAGAGGUACAACAAGCUUGAGUUAACAACAGCCACUAUGAACUUACACAGAUGGACAUGGGACUGUGGAAUGGCCUUCAUAGACUGUACCCCCCCCCCCCCCAAAAAAAAGAAAAACCUUGGAUGUUACGUUCUCACUUGAGUAUUUCUUCUUGCUCUAUCAGAUUAUAGGUGUUCAAAUGUAUAUUCAAACAAGCAGAAAAACAGAAAAAAACAAAUAUGUCCAAUACAAAGCUAUAGAGGAUGUACUGUAGAGGACCUAAGGGAAUCAGUGUUGUGUGAUGUGAUGUAGUAGCUUCUGUAGUAUACCAAUACCAUAUAUUAUGUGUGACAGAGGAUCUAGUUCAGAAAACAAUUUCUCAAACAAGAUAGAGUGAGGCCUUUUUUUUUUUUUAUCAAUAAUGUAUAUGUACGUACUAUAUCAGCCUAUUUAUUCAUUUGCAUGGAGAUUUCAAUUUAAGUGCUUUGUUUGGAAUAGUGUUACAUUUGAUCCAGAAUAUUCUGGGUGGCUCAAAUUAUCUACCAAGCACUCAGUGUUCAUUCACAGUUUUUUCAUAAGUUUCAUAAACAGUAAUAUUAUGUAUCUAGUGCACCUUUGUUUAUUCAUAUGAGUAUACAAUUCUGAUAUGAGUUAAUUGCUUUAGAACAGCUGCUUUUCUGCCAGUGUAUUACUUUACAAUGAAUGUAUUAAUAUAUCAUACAUACAUUAUCAUUAGUUUGUUUUGGAUAAUGCAUUUAGACAAUGUACAAGUAUAGAUUCCAUGAUAGUGUUGGAAUGUGUUUCCCCCUCUUCGGUUCUGAUGCUUGUUCUCUCCUGGUUCCCUCUGGCCUUUAAGGAGACAUGGUGCUAGGAGUGUGGAGUGGGUCUGGAGAACGUUCCAACAUUUCACCUACUGGGAGGGAGAGUGUUAUUGGGUGACCGAGGAGGAGAAAGGGGGCGUCUGUAAAUGUUUUGUAUACAAAGAGUGUCUUUCAACUCACACCUCAUAAAGUAAACAUCUUUAAACUCAAA